AUGGCGGCAUCACAGGGUGAUCCCGCAGCUAUCCUCGACCCCAAGGACUAUGCUAUCGUCUGGAUUGCACCCCUCGAGAUCGAAGCCAAGGCCGCCUUGUGUAUGCUCGACGAGCAACACCAAGGCCGAUUUGCAGUGGAUCACGGCGAUGAGUACGUGUUCCACGCGGGUAGCAUGUGCGGCCACAAUGUCGUCAUAGCGACUUUCCCAGCUGGCCAGGAGUAUGGCACAGGGUCGGCGGCAGCACUCGCAAGCCAGAUUCUCAAGUGCUUUCCCCAUCACUGGUUUGGACUAUUGGUUGGCGUCGCGGCGGGACUGCCAGACCUGUCCUGCAGUCCACCCCGCGACAUCCGCCUCGGCGAUGUGCUCGUCAGUCUCCCUGAGGGCGAGAGAGCCGGGAUCAUCGCGUACGAUCUCGGCAAAGAGACGGACGACGGAUUUCAACCCCUACGGUACGGACACGUCUUGACCACGACCAAGCCGAUAGUACGGUCGGCAAUCGGCAGAAUUAAGAUAGAAGCACCAAACGACGCUGCAAUCUUCCUUCCCUAUUAUGAGACGAUCCGCGAUAGGGAGCACGCGACUGGCACCUUUACCGACCCUGGGCAGGAUCACGACAGACUUUACUCAACAACAACCGAAGGCAAGCCGGGCGCAGCCAUCGAACGCGCUCGAAGGCCAGACAUAGCCCGCACACGUGUGUGGUACGGGCCGAUUGGAUCGGGAGAUAAGCUAUUGAAAAAUGCACAGAAACGGAACGAGCUCAGGGACAAACACGGGGUUAUUGGCCUCGAGAUGGAGGCGGCAGGGACGAUGAACCGAAUACCCGUAGGAGUUAUCCGGGGGGUGUGCGACUAUGGCGACCAGCAGAAAAACAAGGAGUGGCAGCCGUACGCGGCGGCGAUGGCGGCUGCGUAUGCAAAAGCCGUACUAAGGGAAAUACCCCCUGUUGAAAGUCCAUGUACAUCUGCUCUUCCAUGUUACCAUAUCCAGCUUCCUAAGAACGCCCGCUUCACUGGUCGGAAUACCAUCCUGGACGCAUUGAAACAAGAACUCUUCGCACGAGAGGAAACCCGACGAAUGGCACUGGUCGGUCUAGGCGGCAUCGGCAAGACGCAGAUUGCGCUACGGUUUGCUUACGAUAUCAAAGCUAGCCGGCCCGACUAUUCCAUCUUCUGGGUACCAGUUCUGAGUUAUGGCAGCGUAGAACAGGCGUAUGUCGAGAUGGCCAGGAAGCUAGGUGUCCAGAAGAAGACCGACGACGAAGAUAUCAAGGAACUGGUUCGGGAAUAUCUGAGCUCGGACGAAAGCGGCAAGUGGCUGUUAGUGAUUGAUAACGCCGACGACCAGGAGUUGUUCUUCGGAUCUGAAGACAAGGCUGGUAUCGAGGAGUAUCUUCCUAAGAGCGAGAACGGGCUGAUCCUGUUGACGACGCGAUCGAGAGAGGUAGCUGUGCAGUUUGCACAGACCAAUACUGUUGACAUUGAAGCAAUGGACUCGAAGGAGGCAACACUGCUUUUCAAGAAGUCUCUCACGCAGGGACAGACACCCCAGGACGAAGCACUACUGGAAGAUCUCCUUAUCCAACUGACUUAUCUUCCACUCGCAAUCACCCAGGCAGCAGCAUAUCUCAAUCAGACCAAGGUACCAAUCCGUAAAUACCUAGGGUUACUACGUGGGGCCGAGAAAGAUGCCGUCCGGCUCUUAGGUCGAGAAUUCCGCGACAGCACAAGAUACCGGAACUCGCAUAACGCUAUAGCCACAACAUGGAUUGUUUCAUUUGAACAGAUUCUGAAGUCCGAUCCAGUUGCGGUCGAUCUGCUCUCGUUUACGGCAUGUAUCGAGCCGAAGGCGAUACCACAAUGGAUCAUGCCCGGGUCUAAGUCAGAGGAGAACGAAUGGGCGAUCGGCAUCCUCUGCGGCUACUCGUUUCUUGCUCGGCGAGGAGACGACGAUAUAUUCGAUAUGCACAGUCUUGUGCAUAUGGCCACGCGGGAAUGGAUUAAGAAACAGGAUCGACAUGAACGGGUGGUGUAUGAUGCUAUUCGUCGCUUCAACGAUAUAUUUCCUCCAAGCGAUCAUGAGAACCGUAAGCGGUGGCGGCAGUGUAUGCCACACGCAAUGCGGCUUCUUCAUGACACUCAGGCUUCGGAAACAGAACACCGAUAUGAGCUUGUGUUUCAUGUUGGGAGACGUAUGCAUAUCGACCGACGGUUUAAAGAAGCAAUACGAUGCUUUGAAGAAAUGUGGCGCUGGGGAAAAAAUGGCAAUACAGGGCAAAGGCUAUCAAAGGAGCACAUAGAAAGUUGGCUCGCGAGCGCAUACCUCAACGACCGACGGAUCAAGGAGGCAAUCGAGAUGUUUGAGCAUGUGGUAGCGGUGCAGAGGGAGACACUGGACGAGAAGGAUCAUGAUCGACUGGCAUCGGAGCACGAGCUUGCGAGGGCAUACCUCAACGACCGACGGAUCAAGGAGGCAAUCGAGAUGUUCGAGCAUGUGGUAGCGGUGCAGAGGGAGACGCUAGACGAGAAGGAUCAUGAUCGACUGGCAUCGGAGCACGAGCUUGCGGGUGCAUACCUCAACGACCGACGGAUCGAAGAGGCAAUCGAGAUGUUCGAGCAUGUCGUUGCUGUUGAAGCUCACAUUUAUGCCGAGGACGACCCUGAGCGCGUUCUCUCCGUGGAUCUGCUAGCGGAUGCAUACAUACAACUCGAAUCGUGUAAGGAGAAUAUGGACAGCAAGAGUCCAGUCUCAGAUGGCGAUGACUAAGGGCACAACAAGGACACUACCAUGAGCUGGCAUGCAUCCAUCGAGAAGCUCAUAAAGGCUAUGAGUAGCAUGCAAAUCUAGAGAACGAAGCACGGGGAGUCUGCUGUACCACAGAGUGGAUCGCAUCUAGGACGAUAAUCAAGUUUCAGCUUUAUUCAUGCAUAAAGUCUCAACUGACGAGAGAGUGGACCUCUUUCCGGAGUUAUUGUACAUG